GCCAUUCAGUAUAAGAGGAUUCUGAGAGAGAUUAAGUUAUAGCUGUAUUUUACACGCUUGCACAAGCUGGUGUUUAAUACCUUAAGAUGAACCUUCAAGUGGAGGGAUUGGAAAACUACCCGGUUAACUACCCUGACUAUGAUUAUACUCCAGACAAUGGAACGGAUUACAACAUCUCCUCAGUCGGUCAUGGGACUUUCACCGACACAAAGUCCUUUUUGACCAACACUCUGGUGGCAAUCAGUGUUACCAUAUCUGUGAUGGGCCUUGGAGGAAACGCUGUGGUCAUUUGGAUCUGUGGCUGGAAAAUGAAAAAAAGCGUCAACACCACCUGGUACCUUAGUCUCGCCAUUUCAGAUUUUCUGUUCUGUGCCUUUCUGCCUUUGGAAAUUGUCUAUUUGGUCACCACUAACUGGCCGUUUGGACGGCUGCUAUGUAAGCUGACCUCCUCUGCUCUGUUUCUUAACAUGUUCAGCAGUGUUUUUCUGUUGGUUCUGAUUAGCGUGGAUCGCUGUGUCAUGAUUACGUUCCCUGUAUGGUCACAGAACCAUAGGACGGUGUGGAAGGCAACUUUAGCGGUGCUCCUAAUGUGGGCCCUCUCCGCCACCCUGACCUUGCCUGCACUUAUUUACAGAACGACCACAGUGCACGGGUCUGUCACACAGUGCCACAAUGAUUAUAUGACAGUAUCCAGACACAAAGUGGUGGCACUGACUCGAUUCAUCUGUGGGUUUGUGAUUCCUUUUCUAAUCAUUGUGUUUUGCUGUUCGGUCCUCUGUCUGAGGCUGAGAAGUUUAACCAUCAAGUCCACAAAGCCUUACAAAGUCAUGACUGCACUAAUAUUGUCCUUUUUUAUUUGUUGGGUUCCCUACCACACCUUCAUUCUACUUGAGUUUGAUUUAGGUAACCACAAUCUGAAUAUAAUCAAGUCUGGCCUACAUGUGGGGGUCACUCUGGCAGCGGCAAACAGUUUCAUCAACCCUUUUCUUUAUGUGUUCAUCGGUAAUGACUUUCAACGAACCCUGAAGCAUUCCUUCAUGUCCAGGAUAGAGAAUGCGAUGGCUGACGAUGGUCGCACAGGCGGCUAUAACCCUACAAGGACUAACGUCAAUGAUAUCAGAGAUAUGCCGUUAUAAACUUUGUUAUGGCUGCCCACUUGCAUUUCACUGUUAUAGACGCACUAUGUAUUUAUAUUUCCAAUAUUAAUGUAUCAUUAUAGUGGUUACCCAACAAUUGUCUUCUUCAAUUUUUUGGGGGGGGGGUUCCCCCUUUUUCUCUCCAAUUACCCCACUCUUCCGAGCCGUCCCGGUCGUUGCUUCACCCCCUCUGCCAAACCGGGGAGGGCUGCAGACUACCACAUUCCUCAUCCGGUACAUGUGGAGUUGCCAGCCGCUUCUUUUCACCUGACAGUGAGGAGUUUCACCAGGGGGACGUAGCGCGCGGGAGGAUCACACUAUUUCCCCCAAAUUCCACCUCCCCCCCAAACGGCCACCCCGACCGACCAGAGGCGGCACUAGUGCAGCGACCAGGGCACAUACCCACAACCAGCUUCCCACCCGCAGACACGGCCAGUUGUGUCUGUAGGGACGCCCGACCAAGCCGGAGGUCACACGGGGAUUCGAACCGGCGAUCCCCGUGUUGGCAGGCAACGGAAUAGACGCUACGCUACCCAGACGCCACCCUCUUCUUAAUCAGUUUUAUGAAAUGCAAUAAGAUAUAUGCUUGAGACAUUUUUGAUAUGUCAUCAAAAAUCAGUUCCUCAUUCUGUACUGAAAUAUCCCUUUCAAUAAGUUCAAAUCAUAAGAUGUGCUUGUUUGAAAACAUUUCAUGGUUAAGCUUCACUUGGUACCAUAAAACCUUAUUUUCAUACCUCAAAAAGCAUCUUGCACUGUUUGUAUUUGUUUGAUACCUGAACAAAGUAACAAAAUAACUCAGUUUAAUAUAAAAUGUCAUCUUACUGGUUUGACCUGUCAACUAAAUAUUAUAAUAGGUCUUUCAAAACUAAACAAUGUCACAUUUUAAAGUUAAAAUGUGACAUUAUUUGUGCUCGUGAAGUGUAGGGGUGUCAUGUAGGCCUAAAUGUUGUUGUUUUUUUAAUUGUAUUGUUUUAUUUUAUUGUAUUGUUGCUCAUAUUCUAUGGACCAGCUGUGUGUCCGAAAUAAAGAUUAUUAUUAUUAAAGAGCUACGGCUGAUUGUAUAGAAAGGCAUUAUUAAGGCUGUUGGAUGUUGUCACUGUGAUUUGUGGUGGAGCUGGUGUGCAUCUAGAACAUAUGGUUCUUAACAGGCCAUGGUGCCUUUUCCUAAUGAGAUUAUUAGUUGUAUCCUACACAACGUGGGUAGAGCACUUUGACUGCCACCCUGGCUGCCGAGGUUGUUUUUGGUCUGGAAUCCCUGAGUGACUUGCUGAGGAGCCCUUAUCUGGCUGGAGAUGGAGCCAAUAGCUUGUCCAUGUCAUGUCUGAACAGAGGAAUUAGCAGCAGU